AUGGCUGUGUGCUACUCUCGCGUCAUCCAUGUUCUGUGGGUCAGCACUAAACAAUUGGUCAGAAUCACUCCUCCAGACAGCAACUUAAACAAGGCAAUACUCAUAUCCAAACGAAACAAGACAACAAUCACAGCCAUCCCAAACAAGACAACACACACAAACAACCCAAACAAGACACCACUCACAGCCAACCCAAACAAGAGAACACUCACAAACACCUCAAACAAGACAACAUGCAUAACCAAUCUUUUCACGACAACACUCACAACCAACCCAAACAAGACACCACUCACAGCCAUCCCAAACAAGACACCACUCACAGCCAUCCCAAACAAGACACCACUCACAGCCAUCCCAAACAAGACAACACUAACAACCAACCCAAACAAGACACCACUCACAGACAUCCCAAACAAGACAACACUAACAACCAACCCAAACAAGACAACACUCACAGCCAUCCCAAACAAGACACUACUCACAGCCAUCCCAAACAAGACACCACUCACAGCCAUCCCAAACAAGACACCACUCACAACCAACCCAAACAAGACACCACUCACAGCCAUCCCAAACAAGACACCACUCACAACCAACCCAAACAAGACACCACUCACAGCCAUCCCAAACAAGACACCACUCACAGCCAUCCUAAACAAGACAUCACUCACAACCAACCCAACCAAGACACCACUCACAGCAAUCCCAAACAAGACACCACUCACAGCCAUACCAAACAAGACACUACUCACAACCAACCCAAACAAGACACCACUCACAGCCAUCCCAAACAAGACACCACUCACAGCCAUCCUAAACAAGACACCACUCACAACCAACCCAAACAAGACACCACUUACAGCAAUCCCAAACAAGACACCACUCACAGCCAUACCAAACAAGACACUACUCACAACCAACCCAAACAAGACACCACUCACAGCCAUCCCAAACAAGACACCACUCACAGCCAUCCCAAACAAGACAACACUAACAACCAACCCAAACAAGACACCACUCACAACACCACUCACAACCAAGCCAAACAAGGCACCACUUACAGCUAACCCAAACAAGACAUCACUCACAAACAAGACACCACUUACAGCUAACCCAAACAAGACAACACUCACAGCCAACCCAAACAAGACACCACUCACAACCAAGCCAAACAAGGCACCACUUACAGCUAACCCAAACAAGACAACACUCACAGCCAAGCCAAACAAGACAUCACUCACAACCAAGCCAAACAAGGCACCACUUACAGCUAACCCAAACAAGACAACACUCACAGCCAACCCAAACAAGACACCACUCACAACCAAGCCAAACAAGGCACCACUUACAGCUAACCCAAACAAGACAACACUCACAGCCAAGCCAAACAAGACACCCCUCACAACCAACCCAAACAAGACAAUACUCACAACCAAUCUUUUCACGACAACACUCACAACCAUCCCAGCAGGACACCACUCACAGCCGACCCAAACAAGACAAGACUCACAACCAAUCUUUUCACGACAACACUCACAACCAUCCCAGCAGGACACCACUCUCAGCCGACCCAAACAAGACAAGACUCACAACCAACCUUAA